UUUUGGUUUAAAGAAAAGAAAAGCCAGAACAUGGGCGGAUCUGCUGCACGCAUACAGAGUUCUUCCUUUUAUCGUCCAGAAACAAGAACCCAACUAAACCAAUCUUUUUUAUUUUUUUUUAAUUAAUACUUAGCUUUACUUAACCUUCCGUUUCUCUGUUUCUCAAUCUCUUCAACCAAACCAAAUUAACAAAUGGCGGACGCUUAUUGGCGCUACAGCGACUCUCGCCAACCCCCGCCCUCCACCGUCCCUUCUCUCGUGUCCAAACGACCUCGUUCCGACUACGAUAUCCCUAGUGGCCAUGAAUUGCCUAGUUAUUAUUCCCGUGAUGAAGAUAGAGGAGCUAUCCGUGUAAUGAGAGAUACUGACUCAAUUGGAGCAUCCUAUGAUCGUUAUCUGCGUAGUGCGCAAAUUCAAUCUUAUGGUGGGGGGCAGUCUGCAAGAUCCAUGAGUGGAGGAAUGCCUGGCCGUUCUGUUGAUGAUCCACGUAUCGGGGGUAUUGGGGGCUUAGAACCUGGGGUAAGCGCAAAAGACAGAGCCUUGGGAUUAGGAGGUGGAAGGGCUGAGAUUCCUCUUCCACCUGAUGCUUCCAGUACAUUAUUUGUGGAGGGGUUGCCUUCUGAUUGUACACGACGGGAAGUUGCUCAUAUAUUUCGUCCUUUUGUUGGCUACAAAGAAGUUAGACUUGUAAGCAAGGAAUCAAGACAUCCUGGAGGAGAUCCACUGAUUCUUUGUUUUGUUGAUUUUGCAAGUCCUGCCCAUGCAGCCACUGCCAUGGAUGCCUUACAAGGUUAUAAAUUUGAUGAGCAUGACCGUGACUCAGUUAAAUUAAGGUUGCAAUUUGCUCGCUAUCCUGGUGCAAGGUCAGGUGGCGGGCAUCGUGGAAAGCGUUGAAUUAUGCGAUUUUUCAGGAGCGUUUGUGCAAACUGGGGGAAUUAUGAUAAUGAGAGACAGUACAACAGCGUUGCAGUUUCGAGCAUUAUACCAAUCUCUGAUUGUGUGGUUCCAAUAGGAUGAACUUUAAAUAUGUAGUUUCGAUAAUUGCGAGGCGAUUGCUCAAGUUGGAAGAGUGUUUUUCUAUUAGAUAACUGCAAACUCUAUUUGCUUUUAAUCUUCAAAGUAUCUUGGCAUGGGUUUUACCUAGACGCUGCUAAAUUUGUUUCUGGUUGAGCAUGUGAAAACCAACUUUUCUUUAUAUUUUGUCAUUAGGAAUCAUCGUUGUGAUGUAAAAUUAGCAAUGUAAGUGUGUUAGGUUGCAUAGAUUGAAAUCAUUUUUUUUUUUU